UAUCCCAAAUAUCUUCCUCUCACAGUGCCCUUUUUGAUCUUUUCUCUUUUCACUUUUUCUUUCUCUUUUUCUUCCACAUUCCACGUAUUACAUUUCACUAUCUUACGCCGCGUGCCAGCUACGCCCACCUCAUCUAAUCUUUACCGUUGAUUUCCCUCAUUCUGCGGUUCAGAUAUUUUCAACCCCUGAGCGGCGUACUUUAGCUUUCACCAUAUACCUAAAAAGUGUUAGUAUUAAAAUAUUUAGUUUUCGUUGGCCUGAAAAAGCUGGGACUUUUGGACAACCACUCAGUAGCUUACCAGCCAGAGGAGACUUCUUUUUUACUUCAUUUUUAUUUUUCUAACUCGAAUCUUACUCUAGGUAGGUAGAACAGAUAAGAAGUUUGUGUACAGAUUUGUCGAAAUUAGUUCUUGCUAACGUGCGCCGGAUCGGUCCGACGAUGAUGCUGUUUGAGAAUUUAUGUAUUUUUCCGGUCGUUGAUUCCGUCCUAUGUGCCCGGAGAUGUUGCUUCUUGUUUAUUUAGCACAGCGCAAUAGCAGAAGCACUUUUUGUUUUUUGAUUUUGCAGUAUUAGGUGAAAAGAGAUGUAUAUCCUUGGAUUGGAUAAGUUGACUACGUGAUCCGCUAAAUGAAACCAGCUGAAUUAGAAACCCUAAGUUUAAUUUUUCUAAUUUCUAAUUUUUACUUGUAGUGAAGAGUAUGGAAAGUGCUUUUUAAUGGAGGUUUUGUAGAAUUAAUUUAGGGGGGAGUGGGGGGGUUUGGGCUGGAAUUCUGAAGACUGCUGAUUUUUAAGUAAUUUCUGGGAGAUUAUGGAGAAGAGUGAGAUUGUUAAGAGUGGGGAAGGGUUUAUUGAUAGGAGUAAAGUGCGGAUUUUACUGUGUGAUAAGGAUGCCAAGAGCUCGCAGGAGGUUUUUACGCUCUUGUGCAAAUGCUCUUAUCAAGUGACUUCGGCGAGGUCACCUAGGCAGGUGAUUGAUGCACUGAAUGCUGAAGGACCUGAAAUAGAUAUCAUCCUUUCUGAAGUUGACCUUCCUAUGUCUAAAGGAUAUAAGAUGUUGAAAUACAUCAUGAGGGAUAAAGAGCUGAGGCGCAUUCCAGUGAUCAUGAUGUCAGCGCAAGAUGAAGUCUCUAUUGUUGUCAAGUGCCUCAAAUUUGGAGCAGCUGACUACCUUGUAAAGCCUCUCCGCACUAAUGAGCUGUUGAACUUGUGGACUCACAUGUGGAGAAGAAGGCAAAUGCUUGGACUAGCAGAGAAGAACAUCUUAAGUUAUGACUUUGAUUUGGUUGUAUCAGACCCCAGCGAUCCUAAUACAAAUAGCACUACUCUUUUCUCUGAUGAUACCGAUGAUAGGUCCCGGAAGAGUGUCAAUCUGGAAGCAUGUCCCUCUAUUCAGCAAGAAGACGAGGUUAGUGCUUCCACCACUGCUGCUCAUAUAGAGACUACCCAUGUGUUUCCAUCUGAGUGUCAGUCUGAUGUGCCAGGAACUAAUGAACGGCAGACAGGACAUAUUUCCUUAUUUCCUAAGAAGAGUGAACUGAAGAUAGGUGGGUCCUCGGCCUUCUUUACCUAUGUCAAAUCAGGCGUGCUUAAAACCAAUGAGCAAGGAACAACCUGCACCCAUGAAAAUGUGCCUCAGUUGAGGAUUGAAGAGAAGAGUAAUGCAGUCGAUGGGAAUUUAGAGAUCGAAACUCAAAUGCAAGUAAAUGAAGAUGCAGUUGAAAAUCAUUCACAAGGUGAUGACUAUCGAAGUAGUAACAGUUUUCCAGAGUCGUAUUCCAUGAAAAGGUCCUGUACUCCCCCUUUGUCAUUAGAGUUAACGCGACAGAGGAACUCAAAGAUGGAGGAGUUCUCGCAGGUGUACAUGCAUCCACGCAAUGAAGCACAGCGUGAUGCUGUGAGUUUUCAUGCACAAACUGCUUAUUCCUAUUUUGUUUCUGGAGCAAUGAAUCAAGUCAUGAUGCCAUCACCACAUAUUUAUCAGAAGAACCUGCAAGAUCUCCACAACCAUGCUAAUUCAGCUGUUCUUCCUCAAUACAACCAUAUGCCACCUUGUCCCCCUCAUAUGCAUGGGAUGGCAUCAUUUCCUUACUACCCUAUGGGCCUAUGCUUACAACCUGGCCAAAUGCCAACACCGCAUCAAUGGCCUACAAUUGGAAAUUCGCCCUCGGCUGAAGGUAAGGGGAGCAUAGUUGAUCGUAGAACGGCAGCACUUAUGAAGUUCAGACAGAAGAGAAAGGAAAGAUGUUUUGACAAGAAGAUCAGGUAUGUUAACAGAAAAAAGCUGGCAGAACGGAGACCUCGUGUGAGGGGACAGUUUGUGAGGAAGGUCAAUGGUGUGAAUGUGGAUCUUAAUGGGCAUCCUGCUUCAGCAGAUUAUGAUGAUGAGGAGGAGGAGGAAGAGGAUGAGGAGGAACAAACAGGAAAUUUUGAUUCACCUGAGGAUGAUCCAUCGAUGCGUCUAUGAUGAUUGCAAUCUUGUGGAAUCCCUGUCAAUGAAUGGCUUAUGUUCUCAGAAUUUCUUGUGCCGGAGAGCUGUUAUACCUCGAGGAUGAAAAGAUGCUUCAGUUUUGGUCAACAUGCCCACAAAUGGAACAGGCCUGCUUUUCGGCUUGCCAUCAACAACUUGGUCGACAUGCAUGAUCAGUUGUGCAAUGAGAAAUUAAGAAAUCCUCUGCUCCCACUGUUUUCAGUGUCAUGUAACUGUGUGUUAACAAGGUAAAAAUAUAUAAAGCUUAAGUCAAGAUUCAGAGAAGCAAUCUGGACAGGGAGUUAAUUGUGCUAUAGUGGCUCUUGCUUUCCCCAUCUAAUAUCACCGGAAUUUAGAAUUCUUGAACUAUCUCGGAGUGAGGAAGCCGGAGCCUGUGAUUUCACAGUCAAGCAAGGUAAUGAGAUUCCAGUGACAUUCUUUCUGGUAACUUUUUGAAUUCUAUAAUAUAAAAAAGGUUGGAGGCUGUAUGUAACAGAUAAUAUUGCUUGGUCGACUAUGAGAUUCUGCCAAAGCUUAGCGUAAUCA